AGGAAACCAGUGGAAGCAAAUGAAGGAGCCCAAAGCAGUGACCAAGGCUCAGCCAGAGGAGCUGCCAUUCCCUGGGCCUGGUAGUGCUUCAGUGCAGAGGCAAAAUACCAGUGGCCUGGAAACAGGAGAGGAUUUGGAAGGGAAGAUGUUGCUUGCCCACCUAGCUGCUAGUGAGAGAGAUGAAGUCCCAGCAGAGACCUGGGCUCUUCCCUCAACAGCACUGCCCGUGGAAGUCUCCUCCAGCCCUCAGUCAGCAGUGGAUGUCUGUCCCCAUGAUGUAUUAUACGUUUCUGAUCUCAUCACAUUUUCCUCUCGCUUCUGCGGCCCAAAUUCCCCUGUGAACAAGACCAUGGUGUUUGGUUCAUCUCUGGAAAUGGUGGAGGUAAUCAUGGAGCUGAUCACCACCACGGACCGGGGCCGAGGCUUUGCGAUGCUCUUCGAGUACAGGAACAUCACUGACCCCAGCAGUGUGGAUGCUGUGAGGCAGGAGAGGAGGGAAAACAUGAUGGUGCUGGCCAUUGGAACAGGGAUUGUUGUCUUUGCUCUUGCUUUGCUCUCUGCCUUCUGCGUAGCUUGCAGGCAGAGAACGUGCCCCAAAAGGAGCUCAUCCAACGCAUGCAGUGACCAGGAGAACAGGAUCCAGAACUCCACUGUCGAUAUCAAUGAGCUCCAGCUGGUGGUGCCAAGCCGGGAGAAUGAAAACAACAACCACUCUGUGAGCCGGGAGCAGGCGGUCACUUCCUGCAGAGGCAGCACAGAACGGUCUCCUCAGGACACUGACCCAGAUGUGCCCUCCUCCAUCUCUGCAGUGACCACUGAGACUGGGAGUGAUGAAGUGUUUAUCAUUUCUGCUGGACCUGGGACCAGUGGGCUGAGCUUUACCACCUACAGGAUACAGGACAAAAACCUGAAAAGAAGCGUCACAAGCCCGGCCUCUGUGUCUGACUGGCUGAGCUCCCACCCCACAGCUGCAGGAGCGGACGCUGCUGAGAAGGGGAACGCGCAGCUGGAGAAUCCCUGUCCCCGGCAGCGCACCUGGAGCGCCCGCACCUUCCACGACCUCCUGGCUCCCAUCCCACAGCUGCAGAAAAGAUGGUGCAGCUGGAGCACCAACAGCCCCUUCACAAAGCUGGUUGACAGCAGCGGUUUUUCUACAGCUGCAAGACCCCAAGGUGUGCCAACCAGAAAGGUAAUCUCAGCCACUGAGAUCGAGGGAGCAUCAGAGACUGUUUACUCUGAUUCAUCUGCCAGUAAUGCCUCCUAUCCCCUCACUCUGUCUGCACAGAGGCAGCGAAAGUUAACCUCCUGCAAUCUGAAGAAAUCCAGAUUUGGAAACCCUUAUUUUGGAUUUUUAGCCAGUUCCCCUGACAGCAAACAUAUGAGGUCCUUAGAUCCCUCAAGACAUCUAGGGGCAGCAUCUCCAGUUAACAGCCAAAGCCCCAAAAAUCUUCUAGAGAGCUCCAACCCACUGAAAAUCAACUUGGUUAACGGCUCAAAAACAAAGGAGCUUAUGGUAGAAACAGACAAAAACAAACCCGUUUUUGUUAUUUCUGAAGAAGGGGAUGAUCAGCAGCCUCUGGUCCUGGCAGAACACCUCAGUCAGUGUGGAGAUCACCUGUCAGAGCAAAAUGCUGUGUAUGCUCCGGCCGUGCCAGAGAAACAGCCGGCGGUUCUGACUGCGGAGAGGAGCAGCUCUGCCCCCUUCCCACCGAGCCUUCCCCUUUGGGGAAAAUCCCCCACAUCAUACCAAGGCCAGGGGAAGGCCCCCAGCUCCUCCAGGGACCAGCAGAGCUCAGCAGGUGCAGAUGCCAGCACUGCUGAGCCCUCACAGAACUGCAGCACCCCCGCUGCUCCCACGCUGUGCCAAGCUUCAGUCCAGUGAUGUCCUCGGAGAGACAGGAACAUCAGUUCCCAAAGCCAGAGGGAGCAGGGACACGAGCAGAGCAGAAGCUGUGCCGAGUUGAGUGUGGCAGUCACACGUGGCAGCUUUGUUGAGAGCAGCCUUUGCUUCGCAGACGUUGGGACUGAGAUUGCAAGGACACAAACCACAACACAACUCCCCUUCAGCUCACUAACCUCAUCUCUCUUCUCCUGCAUGAGACUUGGAUGUAGUUUGUACAAGAAAGCAUCCUCUGGAAAGGCACUUCAGAGUGCAGAACCCCUUUCCUGGGAUGGGAGUGAAAGUAACCUGGGGUGGUUACACUGUGGUUUAUAUCUGAAAUGUCAAUCAGUCCCUGUCCCUGUGGCAUCACUUGAGUCUUUCUGUUAGGAGCUCUGAGUUAGCUUCUGUUUAUAGCUCUGCCUGUACAAUCCAAGCCUUGCCAAGCCAAGGGUAAGAAUUCAAUCAUGCAUGUUUGCAUACAGUUUUGUAAACUUCAUUUUAAGUAUUUCAUAACUUCUGCAGUCUAGCACAAAGCUUACCAAGCAUUAGCAGCUCUAAUAUUAAAGAACAAGAUUAUCUCAUCUCCUAACUCUUUAGAGAAGUGUACAGACAAGCUGAGCAACCCAAUACCAGAUGCUUGUUCUAUUAAAGUCUGAUGUAGCUUUAUCUUUGUUAGGUCUACAUAGGCUUAGAACACCUCAGUCCACUACAUUAAAUGACUCCUCAUGGCAACAGGAGCAUGUGUACAAAAACACUGAAAUACUAGGAAUAGUCUCCAGCAUCCAACACUUGGAUAUUUGCAGCUGCUCUGAUCCUAUAUUCACCAGCUAUUUAUUGCUGGUAACGCACAUUGACUAGAGAACUAUUCCCCUUCCUUUAGCAGGCAAGACUUGAAAGACAAAAUUAAGGUGGGGCAAACUUGAGUGCUCACUUUCUUUAGAAAUUAACCCUACGUGGCUGUGCCUCCCUGAGUACAAGUCCAGGGCAUUCAAUGGAACACUGAACCAAAGGGAAGCCUGCUAGUCCUAUUGCCUUUAAUAACCCCAUCAGUAUUUUAAUUUCCUCCUGGUGAUAUUUUCCUAUCUUUGCAAGAGACUCCUGCAUGUUUGUCCCACAAUUCAGAAUUGUUUUUCUCUCUUAAAUUAAACAAUUCCCUCUGAAGCUGCAUUUUGCAGCUGAAACAGCACAUUGUUUUAAAGCAAUAGUAUGUCAUAAAACAGGUGUCAGAAAGAAAUCUUCUGCACAAGUCUUCCCCUGUAUUAGCUGCAGUGUGCAUCCAGUUAUCUUAAUCCUUCUCUGUGAAGGCAUUUAAGACUGAUUGCUGAA